AUGUUCCAGGUUAGUCAGCAAUGGCAACCAAACAACUGUGAACUUCAAGAUGAAAGCAGUCAUGAAGAGAGAUACUGGCAAGGAUGUAAAACCUUUAUCAUUUGUCUCACGACCAGCACUAUCAUCACCGCCAUAGGAAUAGCCAUAAUUUCGGCUAUUUUCAUUGGACGUCUGCCACCAAAAGCUGUUAAUUCAGAAACUCCAGCCCCCCAGCACCCGUACACUCCUACCACCCAACCACCCGCUGCAGAAAUCGCUAAAAAUGUAGAUGUUACAUUCCAGUAUGUGAUGCACCUCUGGAAAUCUCAGGUGGAGGAAUUUGAAGGAGGAGACCUGCGAUGUGCAAGAUACAGAAUGAAGGACAGUGAUUACGCGAGUGAAGAAGCUAGACUGUUUGGUGCAAGCAUUCACGAACACCAGUCACAAAUAUCUCUGUGUAUCUUGCGUAUAAAACGUGGGGGCUUGCGCGUUCCCCACUGGAACUUACAGGCAAACACUCAUGGUUUUGUUUCCCAGGGGACCGUAUGGAUAGGGGUAAUGCAUGAAAACGGAGAGCCAGCUAUCACAUACAAUGUGACUUGUGGUCAGAUCUUCUUCAUACCCCGAAAUAACCUUCACUGGAUAAAGAACAUUGGGGACGUGGAGUCGGUUAUUGUGCUCUUUUUCUCUACACACAAUGAGUUUUUCACGGCUGAAGUAGAUCUCCUUUUUUCAUCGACUCCUGAAGACAUAUUGACAAGAACGCUUAACCCAAAAGCUGGAGUUGACUUUAUCAGAGGUUUCAGGCAUGAAAAACAAGGAAAUAUAAUUAAUCUUCCCCAAAACCUAACAGAGCCAGCGACACGCCGGUACCCACAAUCAGAAAAUAAGUUGGUCUGGAAGUAUUUUUAUGAUCUUGAAGGUGCAAGAAAAUUAGUCUACAAUGGAGGUGAAAUUACCUGGGCAGGUUUCUACAAAAACAAUACUGGAAGAAAGGAAAGCGAAGUUGUAUAUGGAGAGUCUUUAUCCUCGCAUCCAGAUACUUUGAGCCUGGGGGUACUUAGACUGCGCCCCUUUGAUCUGUGGCUACCACACUACCACUUGAAUGCCCACGAGAUGGGAUACGUGCUCAGAGGCUGUGGAAAGGUGGGGUUAAUCAAUGAAGAAGCCGUUGAGCUUGAUAUUGGCAUCGGAGACGUUGUGUAUUUUCCCAUAGGAACCCAGCAUUACGUAAAAAACACAUGUGAGGAAGACUUGAUUUUAAUUCGAGCCUUUAGCAUCUCAGUUGAAAGAUGA